AUGCAAAGUCCUCACAGACCCAGGCGCUUUGCACCGCUGGAUCCAAUGCAGAGGAUGGAAGGUGACGAGAGGCCAGUUUUGAAAGGGAUUGUGUUUGAUGUCGAUGGGACAUUGUGUGAACCUCAGAACUACAUGUUUGCAGAAAUGCGAUCGACCCUCAAUAUCACAAAAGCAACCGACAUUCUUGACCACGUCUACUCUCUCCCCCCAACCUCCCAAGAAACCGCCAUGGAAAAAAUUCGCAAUAUCGAACGCAAUGCCAUGAAGAACCAGAAACCCCAAACCGGGCUCGUCGAGCUCAUGGAAUACCUCGACUCGCGGAACAUUAAAAAGGGCAUCUGCACCCGCAACUUUGACACCCCUGUCGCUCACCUCCUAACGACUUUCCUUCCAGACUCCCAUUUUCACCCUAUCAUCACUAGGGAGUUUCGACCGCCGAAACCAGAUCCGGCAGGCAUCUUGCACAUCGCGAAAUCCUGGAUGCAUGAGGAUGGCGGGAAAUCGCUUAUCAUGGUAGGAGACUCUCUUGAUGACAUGACUGCUGGGUUCAAGGCUGGCGCGGCAACGGUUUUGCUGGUGAAUAAUGCAAACGAACAUCUUGCCAAGCACCAGCAUACUGAUCUUGUAGUAAAGAGGCUGGAUGAGUUGAUUGAGGUUUUGGAACAAGGGUUCGAAGGCCGUGUUGAGAGCGAGGUCGAGGAGACUGAUACAAGGGCAUUAGUUAGGGAAGCCGUGGGGAGAAAUGACUAG